AUGUCAAAGAAAGAGAUAAGUGGGCAUCAUCUGAUCGAGUUCAUGAUGGUGAAAUGGGGUCUAAAGUCCGUUAAACUUGUGGAUGGCUUCUUCUUUUUGUCAUCUCGCAAGGCAUCUUUACUAACCGGCAACAUUCAGCUGGUUGAAAUCGUGUUGAGUUGUGGAAAAUAAAAUCUAGGUGCCCAAGGUAUUAACAUUUCUUAUUGGGAGAUUGGUGAGAUCAACCAUAUCAAAAUUAUGGAAAAUAUGAAGAUAAAUGAAAGAUCUAGACGAAACUGGAAGCCUCUGGAAAGACCAAGAAUAAUAGGAAAUUAACAUUUAUGUCUUAUAUACUAUUCCAUAUUAGUUUAGGAAAUUAGGUUAAAUCAUUCACUAUAUAAAUCUAUGGAUCUUGUACUUCAUUCUCACGAGAGUCUAAUAUAAUUC